UGACAACCAAUACAAUAACACACGAAACUGAUAUAAAACAUAAAGGAUGCCGAAAUCAAAACGAGGAAUUGUUUGGGAAGACCGCGAAGUUCUUUUCGAUCUGCCGUUCUCAUAUCUCAAGCUGAGAACCGGCGAGAAAGUCUUCGAUAGAAUUGAACCGAUAGAGGACACGAAAGGAAACAGUGGCAUGAAGGGCCGGCUGGUUGUUACCAACCUUAGAAUAAUCUGGCACUCUCUCACCUCGCCCAGGAUCAACUUAACCGUCGGUCUGAACUGCUUUAUGUCCACAAGCACGAAGGUUGUGAACUCCGGUCUCCGUGGGACCACGCAGGCUCUAUACAUACUGGCCGGUUACAACACGAACAAGUACGAAUUCGUCUUCACCAAUCUGGCGCCAAACUGCGUGAGGCAUUACACAUCCGUUUCCGGCGUUCAUAAAGCAUAUGCCUCUUCUCGUAUGUACCGCGACCUCAAGCUGAGAGGUGCUUUCAUUCACAACAAGCAAUUGAAAGUAUUACCACUAGAAAAGAUCUGUCUAACUCAAAACGGUAUAUGGAAUUUAUCCAGCGAAUCUGGUAAUUUGGGGACAAUGGUAAUAAGCAACGUACGGAUAGUCUGGUACGCUGAUAUCAACGAAUCAUUUAACGUAUCCAUGCCGUACAUCACUAUAGAAAGUAUUACGGUGAGAGAUUCAAAGUUCGGUGAUGCAUUAGUGAUAGCGACUCGCCCGUCUUGCGGCGGCUACGUGUUGGGGUUUAGAGCUGAACGAGAGAGACUUCAGCCGCUAUUGAGUGAAUUACAAACGUUACACAACGCGUACACUGACGCGCCUGUAUUCGGAGUUGAAAUGUGCUGGGAGAGUGAGAUAUCCAAACCUCUACACGAUGAUAUAAAUGAAUUGGAAGAAAUCGGGGAACCCCGCGGCGAGAUGGGACCCUCGUUAUAUUUAGCGUCUCAACAGUCUCAACACAAAGACGACGCUGACGUACAACCCGUGUACAGCCAGUACCUAGGGCUGGCCAUAGAACCGUUAAAAGAAGGAUUCACUUUACAAAGCCUUUUUGAAGUUCAGACAGCGUCUUAAUAAUCGUCUCAUUACUAUAUUAAUAUUAAAAAUAUACUAUAUAAUUUUAUAUCUAAUAAUAAUAAUAAUUUAUUGGUCUAAAAGCAAAACAGCUUACAAUUAUGUUAACACUGUUAGUUAUACUUUUUAUUAAGCACACAAUUAUUAUAUUAUUUUAGUGAAAACGGUUUUCUAUGCCCUGUGCUAGUUAAAAAACUAUUACAGGGCACGGGACCUUUCGCAAAUUAAGAAUUAUGUAAAGAGUGGUGGACGUUAUUAUUUAAAUAAAAGUAAAUUUGAUGGA